AUGGCUUCUUCCUUCUCCACCACUUGCCACCUUCCCUCUUUCUCUUACAACCAUUUCCCUCUUCCAUCAUCUUCUUCUUAUUCUAUUCCUCUUCACCACUUCGCCAAAUCAUCUCUUGGUUCUGUGUCCUCUGAGACUAACGACAAACGAGAGACGAGAUGCAGAGCCAUAUCCAAACCACAGACACAAGAAUAUUCAGACGUAUUUCAGGGUAGUCUAGCGAUAUUAAAGUUGCGUGAGAUUAAUGUGGAAGAUGACAUAGAAGAGAAGCAAGACAAUGAGAAGAUUUUGGUGGCAAAAGAGAUCAAGAAGCGAGUGGACACUAUCAGAUCAAUAUUGGGUUCAAUGGAAGAUGGAGAGAUAACUGUGUCUGCUUACGACACUGCUUGGGUUGCUCUGAUAGAAGAUGUUCAUGGAAAUGGAACCCCUCAAUUUCCAUCAAGUCUAGAAUGGAUAGCAAAUAAUCAACUUCCCGAUGGAUCAUGGGGUGAUAAGGAAUUGUUUUCGGCCCAUGAUCGGAUCAUUAACACAUUGGCUUGUGUUAUUGCAUUAAAAUCAUGGAACAUGCACCCUGAAAAGUGUGAGAAAGGAAUGACAUUUUUCAAGGAGAAUCUUCAUGAGCUUGAGAAUGAGAAUGCGGAGCAUAUGCCAAUUGGAUUUGAAGUAGCUUUCCCAUCCCUUCUUGACAUUGCUCGUGGGUUGGACAUCGAAGUGCCGGAAAAUUCCCCUAUCCUGAACAAAAUCUUUGCAAUGAGAAACGUAAAACUCACAAGUAAUGUGAAAAAACUCCCUUUAAUGUGUGUGUCAUUAUUGUGUGGACCUUGGUGUGGGGAUAGAAUACCAAGAGAGAUGAUGCAUAAAGUACCCACAAGUCUGCUUCAUAGCUUGGAAGGGAUGUCAGACCUGGACUGGAAAUUGCUUCUGAAACUGCAGUCUCAAGACGGUUCCUUCUUGUUUUCUCCGUCCUCCACCGCCUAUGCUCUCAUGCAAACCAAAGAUCAAAAUUGCCACAAUUACUUGAAUCAAAUUGUCAAGAGGUUCAAUGGGGGAGUUCCAAAUGUGUACCCAGUGGAUUUGUUCGAACAUAUUUGGGUGGUUGAUAGGCUGGAACGCCUAGGAAUAUCUCGGUAUUUUCAGCAAGAGAUCAAAGACUGUUUGAGUUAUGUUUCCAGAUAUUGGACUGAGAAGGGCAUUUGUUGGGCAAGAAAUUCAAAUGUUCAAGACAUUGAUGACACAGCAAUGGGUUUCAGACUGUUAAGAUUGCAUGGCCACGAAGUUUCAGCUGAUGUGUUUAAGCACUUUGAGAGAAAAGGUGAAUUCUUCUGUUUUACGGGACAAUCAACGCAAGCUGUGACAGGAAUGUAUAAUUUGUUAAGGGCAAGUCAAGUAAUGUUUCCCGGAGAGAAUAUUCUAGAAGAUGGGAAGAAAUUUGCUGGAAAAUUUUUGAGUGAGAAGAGAGAGGCAAAUGAGUUGGUUGAUAAAUGGAUCAUAAUGAAAAACUUGCCAGAAGAGGUGGCAUAUGCAUUGGACGUGCCAUGGUAUGCAAGUUUGCCGCGAGUGGAGACAAGAUUCUACAUUGAUCAAUAUGGUGGUGAGAAUGACGUGUGGAUAGGCAAGACCCUUUAUAGGAUGCCUUAUGUGAACAACAACCAUUAUCUGGAGCUUGCUAAAUUAGAUUACAACAAUUGUCAGGCACUGCAUCUAAUGGAGUGGGGGAGAAUGCAGAAGUGGUACUCAGAAUCUAGAUUGGGAGAGUUUGGAAUGAACAGAAGAACACUUCUGUUGGCUUAUUUUCUAGCAGCAGCAAGCAUAUUUGAGCCUGAAAAGUCUCAUGCAAGGCUAGCUUGGGCCAAAACCACAGUUUUACUUGAGACAAUAACAUCCUAUGUUAGUGAUGCAGAAACGAGAGAAGCUUUCGUUAAAAAAUUCAGUGACUGCAUUAGCAUGCAAGACCACUCCAUUGGCUGGAGGUUGAACAGGAACAGAACAGGACAUGGACUGGUUGAGACUUUGGUUGCCACCAUAGAUCAAAUAUCGUGGGAUACCCUUGUCUCUCAUGGUCAUGAAAUUGGAUAUGAUAUGCAUCGCAGUUGGGAAAAGUGGCUUUCAAGUUGGCACAGCGAAGGGGACAAAUGGGAAGGACAAGGAGAGCUUUUGGUGCAGAUAAUAAACCUCUGUGGCGGGCAUUGGAUUUCGGAGGAUCAAAUGUUCGAUCCUCAAUAUGAGACUCUCCUGCAACUCACUAACUCACUCUGCCAUACACUCUAUUCUCAUCAAAAGGACAAGGAAUUGGACGGCAUGAUCACCCCAGAAGCUGAUUCGAAAAUGCAAGAGCUGGUGCAGUUGGUGUUCCAGAAAUCUCCCUCUGCCAUUGAUUUCAAUAUCAAGAAUACUUUCCUCACUGUGGCCAAGAGUUUUUACUAUGCAGCUUUCUGUGAUUCAAGGACCAUCAACUUCCACAUUGCCAAAGAUGCCACCUUCAGGGAUUGUGUAUACCUUGGCACCAUCAGUAGUGGUCAAAGCAAAUCCUUAUUGCUUGUUCCAACAUCAAAGUUGAAUAUAGAAACCUUGCAAGCACAACAGUUAAGGUCCUCUUUGGGGUCUUCACUAACAAAGUUGUGUGGUACCCUUGAAACUAUGUCUCUCUCACAACCUUAUUCUUCGUCCCAAAACUAA